AUGACGUGUCCUAAAGUCCUCCCCGUAGUCAAAGCGUUCGUUGUAGCGCUGGGGCUGCUGCUGCUGCUGCGCCUCUCAGUGGCGCUCUGGAAGUUCCUUUCAUACUUCAUACACAGUGUUGUCUUUUGCAAGGUGUUGGAGAACCACAGGCCCGAGGGGGGGGGCGGGGCGCGGCAAAGGGUCCUGGAUUUGGCGGGAGUUUGGGGGGCGCUCAUUCCAGCUCCUCCUUCCACAGAAGCCGCGUGUAGGCGUCACAUGCAUUACCCAGGGGCGCACGGCUAUCGUUCGUUAUUGCGUCUAUUGCUUUUCUGCCCGCUGGGUGGCGCAGCGAUCAAUAAACAUUUAUUAAGCAUAUAUACGGAUGGCCGGCAACGUACUAAAUUCUGGCGUUACAAAAAGACCCGCAUUGCACAUAGAGUCAGGAAGCCUGGAGUUCGAAUUCAGCUUCGGGACGAGCUUAGCGAUGCUGAGCAAGCUACACCUGAACCUGAACCCAGAGAUCUGCCUAAAUCUUCACCCAAAUCUGGACCUGAACCAUCCCGUGUGUCUAAGCGUCCACCUGAACCUAAGGAUCUGCCUAAAUCUCCAUCCAAAUCUGGACCUGAACCCUCACGUGUGUCUAAGCGUCCACCUGAACCUAAGGAUCUGCCUAAAUCUCCAUCCAAAUCUGGACCUGAACCCUCAUGUGUGCCUAAGCGUCCACCUGAACCUAAGGAUCUGCCUAAAUCUGCACCCGAAUCUGGACGUGAAACUAGACAAGGAAAAGAAGACAAUGAAGGACCUAGCACUUCCCCCACCGAAUUGCCACAGAGAAAUCGUGUUCCUGUCCAAAAUGCUCAUGACACAGAGGACUCCAGAUUUCCCUCACAGUCCCACAAUUAUGGGAUCCCAGAACAUCAGGACAUCCCACCAAAAGCUACAUGCAAAAUUCCUCCAGCAGCUUGUCGAGGGUUGGAUUUAAAGAACUUGGGUCAAGCUGUUGCACAAUAUGCUUCAUACUCCUCUGACUCUGUACUAGAUCCUUGUCGUUUCUCCCAAGCACCACCACAGGUCAAAACACAGAAGCCAAGAACCAAUCCAAAUUCAAAGGUUUCUGAGGCUUUGUGCAGUUACUGUUUGAAGGUUCACCCGAGGCCAGGAAAAAGUACUUCUAAGAAGGAAGAGAGCCAUCCCCCUAUAACUUCAACUGAAACUCAAGUGCCAGCCAGACCUCCAAGUCCAAAACUGUGUCUACCUGGACAAGAGGACACGAGGUCAGUGACAGCCCUUAAGAAGGCUAUAGAAAGCUGCAAAACCUAUCUGGAUUACCUUGUAGAACAGCAAACUUGGGCAAUUCAAUUGGUCUUGGUGCUCACGAAGUCAGAGAAAGGCAUUCCUGACGAUGAAGAUAUACAGAGGAUGUUGCAGGUUGACCCAGCAGAACUCAUUCUUGGCCAUAUCUUAGACAAAAAUGAUUAUGGAGCUGCAACAGCAGCAGCAACAUCGAUAGAAACAGCAACAACAGGGGCAUCAACAUCAGCAGAAACAGCUGCAACAGUGGUGGUAGCAGCAGCAACAGAAACAGCUACGACAAUGGCAGCAGCAGAAGUGACAGUAGCGACAGUGGCAGCAGAAACAGCUACAGUAAUGGCAAUAUCAUCUGCAAUAACAGAUGUAGAUGAAGCAGCAGGGGCAGAUGCAGCAGAUGAUGAAGCAGCAGGGGCAGAUGCAGCAGGGGCAGAGGCAGCAGAUGAUGAAGCAGCAGGGGCAGAUGCAGCAGGGGCAGAGGCAGCAGAUGAUGAAGCAGCAGGGGCAGAUGCAGCAGGGGCAGAGGCAGCAGAUGAUGAAGCAGCAGGGGCAGAGGCAGCAGAUGAUGAGGCAGCAGGGGCAGAGGCAGCAGAUGAUGAGGCAGCAGGGGCAGAGGCAGCAGAUGAUGAGGCAGCAGGGGCAGAGGCAGCAGAUGAUGAGGCAGCAGGGGCAGAGGCAGCAGAUGAUGAGGCAGCAGGGGCAGAGGCAGCAGAUGAUGAGGCAGCAGGGGCAGAGGCAGCAGAUGAUGGCAGCAGGGGCAGCAGGGGCAGAGGCAGCAGAUGA